AUGUCCCCUUGGACACAUAUGCAAAAGAAGAGACACCAUCUGGAGUCUGCUCACAACCCAUCACUGUUUUCAAAUAAUCACUAUUACCAUUUUCUGUUUAAGGGGUGUGAUGGACCUAUAGUAGCCUUCACCGUUCUUCACAAUGUUAACUGCAACCAUGGGUUUAUAUGUAUAACUUCAGAGGGUGCUCUGAAAAUAUGCCAGCUUCCAGCUUUAUCAUAUGACAAUUAUUGGCUUGUACAAAAGGUGCAUGCCCAUCAGUUCUCGAUUUUCUCUUCUCCGCAAGUCAAUUUGUAUGCUAUUAGUAAUAUGUGCCUAACUUGCUCAUGUGAGUUGCUUUUCUUUGUCUUUUGUAUGGUUGCUUUUACUCUCUCCAUUUGCUAUUGGGAGCACUGGCAGAUUGGGCUGAAGGGGACUCCACAUCAAGUUACCUAUUUUGCAGAGAAGAACUUGUACCCUGUUAUAGUUUAUGUUCCAGUGCUCAAGCCACUUAAUCAAGUGCUCUCAUCUCUUGUUGAUCAAGAAGUCGGAAAUCAGUUUGAGCAUGAUAAUAUUAAUAUGGAGGGGACAUAUCCCAUGGAAGAAUUUGAGGUUCGGAUUAUGGAACCAGAGAAAAUAAAUGGCCCCUGGCAGACUAGGGCUACUAUUCCUAUGCAAACUUCUGAAGACGCUCUUACUGUGCGAGUGGUGACGUUAUUUAACACCACUGCACAAAGAAAUGAGACACAUUUGGCAAUUGGAACUGCUUAUGUACAAGGAGAGGAUGUUGCAGCAAGAGGACGCAUUCUUUUAUAUUCUGUUGAAAGAAUCUCAGACAAUAUACAGGUGAAGGUUACAGAAGUUUAUUCCAAGGAGUUGAAGGGUGCUAUAUCAGCUCUUGCAUCACUUCAAGGCCAUUUACUACUUGUUUCAGGUCCUAAAAUUAUUCUGCACAAAUGGACAGGCUCUGAGUUGAACGGUGUUGCCUUUCAUGAUGUUUCACCUCUCUAUGUCAUGAGCUUAAACAUCGUAAGCGCCUCUUUAUUCUACAUGAAACAUGUGUAUAUAUCUUUGCUCCUUGACCCGAGGACGGAUAUAGAUGCAUAAACAGUGAACUCAUAAUUAUCUGGAAACAAAUCUCACUUGCUCUUCAAUCCAAGCAAUUCUAUCAUGUGCAUUUUGCUAUGUAGAGAGAGGUAGGUUAAUUCUAUCAUGUUACAGAAGGCAUGACUUGUCCUAUUUAUAAUUGCUUUAUUCCCAACUGAACAUCCUAGUCAUACUAGUCAUACUUGUUCAGUAUGGACAUCAAAAUCUUAAAUAUUUUCAACAUUAUUUUAUGGUGUUGCCAACAUCCUCGAAUUUCAAUUGCAAGGAAGCUGAAUGUUGGCAGUGUAAAAUUUUCAGUUG